CCCUCGUCUGAUCGCCGUUGGCUUUUGUCGCUCCGCUCAACCCAACCCACCACCAUGUUUGCUCGUCUCGCCGUCAGAAGGGCCGUCGCUGCCCCCUUGGCCCGCGCUGCUUUCGCCCGCCCCGCCCAGUUCGUCGCUACUCGCGGAUAUGCCUCGCACGAGCUCGACCCCCAGAACCAGAAGGACUACGACGGCUACGUCCAGAAGUGGGUCUCGCACUUUUCGACCUGCGAAGACGACUUUGAGCUCGAGCGCGGCCUGAACCACAUCUUCGCCGCCGAUUGGGUCCCCUCUGUCGAUGUCAUCACCGAGUCGCUCAAGGCCGCUCGCCGCCUCAACUCGUACGCCACUGCCGUCCGUGUUCUUGAGGCCCUCGAGGGCAAGGUUGAGUCCAAGAGCCAGUACAGCCAGUACAUCAGCGAGCUGAAGCCUCUCCUGGCCGAGCUUGGCGUUGAGGAGAAGAAAGACCUCGGUGCCUUCAAGAUCGUCCGCGAGUUCAGAUGGUUCAACGAGUAAAGCCGCCAUCCUCCCCCCAACACUGCCUCCUUGUUUGAAAACGACAAAUAUCAAAUAGAGUGACGCCUCACUCGCCGUUAAUUUCGCCUCCAA